AUGUCGCCAAAACCGAGCGCACCCAUUCAGACAUGCGACGGUACCCUCACCCUCGUUCCCGACCGCCGCGAACUCGAACUCGCCCUCCCUCUCAUCCCCAACGCCCCAGGUCUCGUCUCGCUCGCUCUCUCGACCGAGUUUGCGACAUGGCUGCGACAGCGCGGCCUUUCGGUGCCGCGUACAACAUGGAAAUUUCAGGACCUUCAGCGGCUACGGACGGCAAUGAGUGCGCAGGGAUACGAUGCUGGUGUAGCCCCUUUCCCUCUCGUUCCCCUUCCCUCCGCGUUCCUCACCGCCGAAGCAGCUGUGGAACAACAGGCCGCUUUAGCCGAACUCGACGCUCUCAAAAUCAAACCCACGACUGUCCUCCCGAGCCGGCUUGUCCAGCGACUCCACCUCGUCGCUCUCAACGGGCGUGCACGGAUAGACUUGCUGAACGAAUAUGGUGCCGAGAUCGAUCGUGUCGAGCGAGUCGAGGGGAGUGACGAGGAGUCCGAGUCGGAAUGCGAGGAGGGCGUUCGGGGCGGCAGGAAGCGGAAGGCCGGUGCAGCAGGUGCUACGCGGUCAGGCGGAGCUCGGAGCAGGAAGCGGAGGAAAGGCAAGUGCAGAAAGAACGCGACGAGCAGGACAAAGGGCGUCUCGUCCCUUAGGGUCGUGGUCUACUCCGCCGCCGUCUUCGAUCGUCCACUCCUCUUCCGCGACAUCGUCGUCCAGGACGACCUCCGACUGGCCUAUCCAAGCAUUGACCGGAUACCGACGCUGCGCUCAACGGUACUUGAGCAUGCCGCGGCGCGAGAUGCGGGAAGCGGGCUGCAUACGCCAGUCGCAAAGGUCGAGAUGCUGGGACCUGCGGUGUGGGAGGGCAUGAGGAACCGUGGCGCUGCGCUAGAAUACUCCGCCCUCUUCGCGUCGUCAUCCGCCUUCUCGUCCACCUUCGGUUCAGCGACACCGACGGACCUGCGCCGCUUCUUCGGCCGUGAUUUCGCCUCCGCGUCUCUUCUCAUCUCGUACGAGUUGCGUUCACUCGACACCUUCCUCUCGACCAUCUCCGACCAACUCUCCUCUCCCCUCUCCCUCGAUGCCACGCUCCUCCUCCUCGAGAUUCUCGCCCAAUCGCCUCGCGCUCUCCCACACUCCACAUCGCCCAUCUUCUCCCCUGCGCCCUUAUACCCCCAACCAGACUUCCCGGAUCCUCCUCCACCUCCGGCGCGUCCAUCCCCUUCUGAGCGCCGCAACGCCCUUGCCGACCUCAUCCGAGACACCCGCGUCGAAUGCGAGGGCGUACAGGGAACGCCAACCCUCACGAAGACGACGAAGGUGUUGUCGUCGAGACUCAAGUCCGGCUAUGCCGUCGAGCCGUACUCGGACUUGUGGCCGGCGGAUAGGUUCGAAGUGAAGCUCGGGAUGGCAUGGAUUCAGUUACAGGAGGUCGAGGAUGUCCUGCGGAGCUGGAGAGCGUUGGGUCUGCCCGAGCCGACGGAAGAGGACUCGCCCGUUCUCGACGCGUUCGUCACCCUCCUCUCGUCGUCGGUUCUCACGCCGCCCGAAGAGGCUGCUAGGACGUCUUGUCAUGCGGAACCGCCUCGAGGUCCUUUCCUCGGCGCCUCAAUCGAGAACUGGGAGUCCCUCGUUCUCGGACCGCUUCUCUCGUUCCUUGUCGAAGGGAUCAAUCGCGUCCUGCCCGUCAAGGACCGGCUCGACAGCGAGCACGUCGACAACGCUUCGCUCGAAGAGAUCUUAUACGCGCUCUAUUACCCGCGGCAGUCCCGCUCGCUCUUUCGCCGAUCGACGGGCUUGGAGGAGCGCAAGCUGUGGCUAGUCGAUGCAGCAUUCGCAGCCGAAGCCUCACAAAUCGCCCGCUGGACCUACGCCAAUCGGUACCGCUUCAUCUCCGUCUACCUCACCUGCUCCGUCCUCGGCGCCGACAAGUCCUCCAUCUUCGGCGAUUCGCGGUCGCCGACAAUUAUCCCCAUCAGCAGCGACCCUCCUGCGCACUGCAUCUGGCAGUACUCGCCCUACCUCACCCUCCUCGACCGCCUCUCGUCGCUCACCCCCUCUACGUUCGCCGCCUCCACUCCCUUCGACUUUACAGCAGCAAUGUCGACGUUCCGCGGCAGCAAUGACGCCGACGCCGGCGAGCAGCAGCUACCCGUCCCCGCCGUCUACAUCGAGCGGUUCAUCGCUUCCGAGGCGAACCUCGGCUUCCAUUCGGGAGUGGUCGAGGUGCGCGGGCACAAGGAGAUCAAGCGCCUGCUAGCAGAGUCGAAGCGGUCGUUGCAGGGUGAGCGGAUGCGCGAGCUGCGGGACGAAGGGCAGGCGAGCGCCGCUGCCGCUCAGAAGAAGCAAAGGGACGACAUACGGAAAGAUCAGGCCGUAUCACUCGCUCCGAAGGGCAUGGAGCGGCCCAAGCGAACUGCUCUGGCGGACCGCACGAACGUCAAGGGCAAGUCGCGCCGCUUUGGACCCUCUUCACCAUCUCCUCCGACCUCUCCCGCCCGUCCCGCAUCUCCUACUGCCGGCAUACAAGCAUCGACCGCACCCGAACCUACACCGGAACAUCCGUCGUCACCGACAGCUCGGCUCUCGACGUCGACCGAAGAACACCCUCCGCCGUCAUCAGCUGCGACGAGUUCGCCUGUCUCGGCUCUCACCCUCGCCCCAACUUCUUCUACUGCGAUGACCAGCACACCGCCGUCCCCGUCAUCCACUAGCGCAGACGGUGAGCCCGUGUCCGACUCAGCCCGCGAGGAUGAGGCCGAGCAGUUGCGCAAAGAAGCCGAAGCACACGAACUCUCGCAGCAAUUGCAGCUGCGUAUGUCCGAAUGGUCGGCGCACACCGGUUUCAUGUUCCCCAGCUUCAACGUACGACUUCCCCUGGCCUUCAUCCUCCUGCCCGCCUUUGCCGACUACAUUCUCUCCUCCCGCACCUCCUCCGCCAUGGCGUCCCCCGCGAGCGAUUCUCCCAAGAAUGCUUCGCUCGACACGUCGCUGGACCAGCUCAGCGACUCGCAAUACCUCUCCCAUCUCGCAACCUGCACGGUCUCCAAGGCCGUUGCAGUCCUCGCCUUUUUCAACUCCCACGCUCCUCUCUCCACCCGCGAUUACAUCUGCACCGCCAUGCCCGCCUCAAUCAAACCACCUGUUGCGGCGCCUCUGAUCCUGGCGCUGGGCGCAGGACUCGGCGACCUCGCAGCCAGCCCAUCUCUCCCGCCCAACCUCGCUGCCUUGCGCCUCCACCUCUCCCAGAUCGCAGAGACCUUGACGGCGACCGGGAGAGUCACCGCCUCGAUGUCGGCAGAUUGGGCCGAGAUAGUUGAGCUGCGGGAGUUGGAGCGCGGGCGGCAAGGAAAGCUGUCGCAGGCGGGCGAGACUCGUCUGAAGCGGCAGGCUAAGGCGAGGGCGUGCAAGACUGCUGUAGAUACUUCUUCUUGA